UCUUUUCGAUCAGUUGCCGCCGUAAAUUCGUUUCAAUUAGUCGCAAAGAGAUCUGAUAGAACAGGCAAAAAAACAAAAAAAAAAAAAACAUAAAAAAAUCGUUAUGACUGCGUCGGCAGAGCACCUGGCUCGCUUAAUUGAUGAAAAUCUAGGCGAUCUCAAGGAUGCCGAUCCCAAAUGGAGAGUUGAUAACUCUCCAAAUCCUGGACACGGUCGUGGCAUCAUUGCCAAUCGCGAUAUCGAGCCCGGCGAAUUGAUCUUCCGGGAACGUGCUCUCAUAAUCGGUCCCACAGCCCGGAAAGGAACCGCACUCAAUACUUGUGUUAUAUGCUAUAAGCUCCUUGAUAGCGAGAACAUCCCCGUGUGUCCGAAGGGAUGCGCAUUGCCAACUUGUCCGGCAUGCUCUGAUGCAGAAGAACACAAGAUAGAGUGCAGCCUAUUCCAGCGGUGGCAACCGAUUGAUGUGACUCGGGUAAAUCCUUCGACCCUUCGCAUUCUUACUGCCGUUCGAAGUUUCUUUCUCAGUAAGGAUCAUAGAGAUCUUCUUUAUUCGAUGCAAGCAAAUCCCGAUCGCUAUUACCGUCUAGAAAUCGAACGAGCCGCAGAAGGUUUCAAGAACUUCCCGAAAGAUAAAAAAGUUAUCGAUUAUAUUUAUCGUACGGUAUGUGUUUUGAAUACGAAUGCUUUUGAAGCACGAAGUGUUGUUGUCCAUGGACAUGAAAUCCUUCAACGAGGUUUGUUUGCUCUCGCCGGUAUUAUGAAUCAUGAGUGCACUCCGAAUGCAUGUCAUUAUUUUGAAAAUGGAAAUUUAAUAACCGUUAAGGCGGCAAAGUUUAUUCCAAAAGACUCUGAAAUAACAACAACUUACACUAAAAUCAUGUGGAGUAAUUUGUCUCGACGAGUAUUUUUAAAGAUGACAAAACACUUUUACUGUGACUGUUCCCGAUGCAAGGAUCCAUCUGAAAACGAAACCUAUCUAGCUGCUUUAUACUGUCGCGAACCUAACUGCAAAGGAUGGACAAUUCCCGUACACACAACCGGCAUGCAACCAGACUGGAAAUGUAUCAAAUGCGGAGUUGUAUCGUCACAUGCCAAAAUGGGCAAAUAUCAGGACUUUACCCUUAAUGCAAUUCACAAUAAAAUAAACAGUUGUUCCGUCCAUGAUAUGAUACAUUUUAUUGAUAACAUUUGUCCAAGGUUCUGUCCACCAUCGAAUUAUGUCUUAAUUGAGGCGAAAUUAAAUGUCAUCUGGCGCAUUCAACGCAUCAACGAUGAAUACAGUGAAGAUGAUUAUUUGGCUAGAGAUAAAUAUUGCAAGGAUGUCAUUGAAAUACUUGACAAAUUAGAAGCCGGAGAUUGUACUCUUCGGAAAUUGAUAAAAAACGAAAUCAACUUUAAGCAUCAAUCAACAAAGUAAAAUGUCCAUAUACAAAGUAUAUCAUAUACAAAGUAUAUGCAACAUAUUUAUGACAGCAGUAUAGCAGAGGAAAAUAAUAAUACAAAAAAAUUCUUUUCAAAAAUAGUAAUUGAUUCUGAACAUUUUUUUUUAAAAUAUGUUUCU